UCAUAGUAGUCAUACAUAGUACACAGUACUCUUUUGGUGAUUCAUCCGAUGUGUCAAUUUUAGCUAAUAUUGUUGUCCUGGACAUAAUAUUCUGGUGAACUGAGUCAGGAGAGACCUCUCAGGUGGACGAAAUGUCCAUGAAAAAUGACCUGGUUUCCAUUGAAUUGGCCAUUAAAACUGUUGGGAAAUGGAAGGAGACUUAUCAAUGGAUACCAAUACUUGGAGCUAUUGCUGCAAUUGCAACUGCAUUUUCGACUGGAGCCAACAAUCUUCCAGCACCGUUUUCCUCACCGGUAGGAUCUGGGGCUCUGACCCUUCUAAAGGCAUCCCUAAUGGCUUGCGCAAUCUAUGUUCCCGGAGCGGCUUUUGCAAGCAACAGCUCUGUUAAUGAUUUAUUUUCUGAUUUUCUCCAAGAACAUCAACCAAAUGAAGCUUUCUUGAUGUGGAGUUUUGUAAUUGUUCUAACCACUACAGCAAUCUGGCUUUCUCUGGCUACAUGCUUGGAGUUACCAGUUUCGUCUCAGCAAUCGAUCCAAGGUGCACUAUUAGGAACCAUACUUGUCACUGAAGGCUUUAGCUUCAUUCCCUUGUGGAAUAAGAAUAAUAAUCACAACUUCAGCGUUGGAGGACUCCUUUGGAUAUUCCUUGAAUGGAUUGUUGCCCCUUUACUUGCUUGCUUUUGUGCAUUCCUCAUGUUCAGCGCUUUGAAGGCUUUUCUUCUUCGCCACGAAAAUGCAAAAAAAAGGAUUCUUGUCUUUCUCCCAAUUGACUAUGGAGUAUCUGCAGGAUUGCUUUGCCUCUUUGUCAUGUAUCAGAUCAUACCAAAUAUAACAACUGUCUAUGGAUGGGAAGUUAUAGUUGCAGUUGUAGGCGCUACCUUGAUUGGAGCAGCAUUAUCUCUAGUGUUGGUGGUUCCUUUGGCCAUCAAAAAGUUUGAUACAAUCCAGAAGUCCAAGACAAAAAAGAAAAACACAUCUCUGAGGCAUCAAUCUGUAGACAUCCGAGACCAAGCACACAACACUAACACGGACACCGAUGCAGAGGUUGAAGAUGCCCUGAAAGAUUUCAUGCAGAUGAGAGUCCUUGAAACUGUUUAUGAAGAGGACGAGCAAAGCUGGGGUUCACCUAACCAAAUCCAAGAUUCUGAGCUUGCUCAACCAGUUUCUCUGUCUAUUACAGAUCAAUCUGCUUCAUUCAAACAACUGCUUGAGUCUACUCGGAACCAUUUGGUUCAAACCAAAAACUUUCAGGAGACAAGAAAAACCACACCAACUGAGAAUGUAUCUGAGCUCUUCAGAUAUUUUGCAAAAUCCACUUUUGAUCCAGUAACAGAAUAUGACAGACAAACCCUUGUUCGCCAUGCUUUAGCUGAAAAAUAUGAUGAAAUGGAAGAGUUAUUCAGUUACCCUCAGCUUCUAGCUUCAUGUAUAUUUGCGCUUAUACAAUCUGCUAGUGAAAUUGCUGCUGUGGUGACUCCAUAUGGAGCUAUUCAUGAAAUAUUCUCACACAGAGCAAAAUAUUCUGGAAAUGGGGAAGACAUGGAAUCAGUAAACGUGGCUUGGUGGUUUAGGGCGAUUGGUGGAUUUGGUGCUGCACUGGGUUAUUUUCUCUGCGGAUGGCGGCUGACUCAGUGUCUAGGAGGCAAGCUGACUUAUAUGAGCAACUCACGAGGAUUAGCAUCUCAAUUGUCGACUGUAGCAGCAAUGAUCCUGGUAAAUAGGAUUAAGCUUCCUGUUUCAAGCGUUCAUGCCUUUGUUGGAUCUUUAGUAGGAGUUGGAAUGGCAGAUGACCCUCGGGUGAGUUUAGACUGGAACUUUAGAGAAUCUAGCAUACUAAAGAGGGCUGGAUCAUCUACUCAUCCAAGCUUUUUAAACUGGUUGUGAGCCAAAAUAGCUUGUAACGUGAACUGGAAACUCCUCUUGAAGUUCAUAUGUGGGUGGGUGGUCACCAUAAUUUUCUGUUGUGGGGUUGCUUAUGUGGUUUUCUCUGCCUCUAUUCACUCCCCAUCUUAUGUAGUACCCUGAUCUCUUGUGCAUUCAUUUAUUGUUGUGCAUAAAAAUUUCUUAGGAAAGAAAGA